AUGGUCUAUCUUGCCAAAGUCGAUGAUGCUUUGUCUACCAAGGUGACGGGACUCAAGUGGUUCAAGAUAUACGAAGAUGGUAUGGAUGCAAAUGGCGAGUGGGCAGUCACGAGGUUGUACAACAAUAAGGGUCUGGUAGACUUUGUGCUACCGUCUUGCAUUCCCAGUGGACAAUACCUGCUCCGCGCUGAGCUCAUUGCUCUUCACGCUGCCUCCAACUACCCGGGUGCUCAGCUCUACAUGGAAUGUGCUCAGAUCAAUGUGACAGGGGGCGGUAGUGCCAGUCCGGCAACAGUCAGCUUCCCAGGUGCAUACAAAGCGACUGACCCAGGGAUCAAGUUUCAGCUCUACUGGCCAAAACCGACAAGCUAUACGAUCCCAGGACCAAGACCGUUCACUUGCUCUGCGAAGAUGAGGUAG